AUGGGUCGCACGGAGCACUCUCAGCUCGUUCGCAGCGUCUUAGACAGUCACCCGUUUGAUUCCGUCUUAGGGUUCGCCAGUGCCAGCGUCAUCCCUAAUGUAGUCGGGCCCUUUAUUGCUAGAUUCUGUGUGCUCUGUGCAGAGUACCCGCAUCAGGACAUCGUCACGCUGGCCCUACAAGCAUCCUCCUUGAAAUCUAUCCUUACCAGCACCCCGGUCGUGGUCAUUCACCGUCCCGAUCCCGCGGGUCCUAUUGUCUCGACCAGGAUAGUCUACUCCGUCGAGUAUGAUAUAUGCUGGGGAAUAGCUCACCACUGUCCUCAGUGCAAAUCGGGUCCUCCGUAUAUCACUUGCAACCCGCACCGGAGGCAUCAGAAAGGCCACCAACGCUUUGAGAAACCGGAGUGGGUCAAAAUUCACGAGGAUUACGUCGUGGAAGCAUUCGAUGAAUGGCUUAAGCCGCCCGGACACACGGAGGUACGGGCCAAAUAUCAAUCAACUGUCCGCGGACGGGCGCCCGCCAAGAUUUUGGACUGGUUAUCUCGAGAAGAGAAUAAGGACCACAACCCCCCCGAGGAACUCUACCCCGACAACGCCACCCUUCAACAAAGCGACGCCGAGAGCGGCUUGCUCGCGCCCAAUCGAGGCGCCCUGCCGCGAGAGAUCCGACUCUCCAGCAAUAGUACCAUGUCUACCACAUACGGUCUCAAACGCACCGCACGCGAGUUCGGGCACACGCCGCCCACGCUCGACGACGCUCAGACGGCAGCGGCGCGCGAGUCAGGACGUCCACCACAACGCCGACGAUUCAAUGGGCCCCGGCGGUUCUCCGUCGAGCGGGGCAACCCCCGCGACUUUGCUAACGUCUCUCCCCCGCCGCCGGACAUUAUAUUGCCGUAUUGA